GCGAGACAGUUGUUGGCGGAGCCCUGGUGUGUGGAACCUUCCCCUCAGAUGUAGCAGCCGGUCACCUUGGUGGGCGCGGAGGCACGUGCAGGAAGGAGCAGGGAGGAGGAGGAGGAAAUCCAGUGAGGGGGGGGAGGAAUCCCUCGGGAGAGCAAUGGCGCUCAACAACCUCCCCUUCAUCCACACCAUCAAGAACUCACCCGCCAUCCUCCGCCAGAGGUUCCAGCGGGACCGCGCGAAGAGCCUGUCCCACGGCGACCCGGCCUUCAGGGUGCACUAUGCCGGCACGCAGCAGAUCUACUCGCUGGAGGUGGAGCAGGCGUCCGAGGCGGUGAGGCUUCUGGUGGGGGCCGAGGGGACGGCUAAGGCCUGCAAGGACCACGUGCUGGUGGUGAGACCCCGCUACCUGGAGGUGAAGGAGAUCGCCAGCGGCCGGCAGCUGACCAAGACGUACCUCCACGACAUUGCCUACUGCACGGCGGACCGGGCCCACCCCAGCGUCUUCCUCUACAUCUGUAAGCACAGGAAGCAGCUGCAGUGCCGGGUGUUCAGGUGCAACCGGGAGGAGAAGGCCCGCGCCAUCACCGUCUGCCUGGCCAAGGUCUUCGAGGCCGCCUUCAGCCAGUGGCACGCCUCCCUCGGCGAGGGGGCUCUGCCGCCUCUCUCCCCGGACACCCCCAGCCCGGCCCAGGGACAGGCCGGAGCCCUGGACGCAGGGACCUCACGGGACGAGGAAGUGGAGGGGGAACCCUCGCGUCGACAGCGACGAGGAGCUGGAGCUGAGAAUGGCACCGGGAGUUCCUACGCAGGGGCCACCUCCUUCCGAGCUCGCGCAGCGGCUGGACACAGGCUUCGACAACGUCGAGGACUUGACCAGAGACUCACUGGUGCGGCAGCUGUUCACUGGCGAGCCCGAAGAUGAGGAGCCCCAGAGUCUCCACUCACCGACCUUCCUGAUACCCACUCUUCCCCCCCUCCCCCCAUUACUCCCGCAAAAACUAAUUGGCCGCUCGACUGGGAGAG